AUGCCUGGGUCGAGCACUGCAUCAUCCAGUCCGACUGGAUCAGGUACGCCGCCGAGGGUCCGGGCUGGCAGAAUGGGCGAACGACCAGAGGCACAUGGGUCUGCCAGUUAUAGCGGAUUUGAAGGGAGCUCUAGACCCCAAGCGUUCCCCAUCCGCCCUGGAUCGGAACGUAAAAGGCGGUUGACGAGUACUGGUGAGGACACCAGGCAGUGGUCACACGCAGGGUUGGCUGGACCAGCCCGAGAUAACGGGGGAAGCUCCCGCACUGCGUUACCGCAUAGAUCUGUUUCGAUGGUGAUGCCUUCGUCUCGAACACGAAGUUCGAUUUCUGCCUCGGCUGGCUCUUCGUAUGCCACCGCCAUUGAUCUUUCAUCUUCUCCCCCCGAAAUACCCCGUUCCUUUGCUUCUGAGCAACUCCCCAGGCGUUAUAGACGCGAGUCCUACAAUUGGGCAGCCCAAGCCAUGUCUGGUCCUAACAAUCCGAAUCAGGCUUUCAUCGACAUGUCGCUCCCGACCUGGCAGGCUGACUCGGAUGUGACUGAGUGUCCGAUCUGCGAGACUGUGUUCAGCUUCUGGUACAGAAAGCAUCACUGUCGAAAAUGUGGAAGAGUUGUAUGCGCUUCUUGUUCCCCUCAUCGGAUCACUAUCCCCAGGCAAUUCAUUGUCCGCCCUCCUGAUUCCGAGCCUUUCGAAUCUUCACCAGUUCCGUCCCAACCUCCAGUGGUUGAUCUUACCGAUGAUGAGCCUGCCACACCCUCUUCGACCAUUAAUCCCGCGCUUGGGGGAGGCGAGGAAGUACGCCUUUGCAAUCCCUGUGUGCCGGAUCCCAACCCAAACCCUCUGGGUUUCGGCAAUGUCCGAGGAUCUGGUCAUCGCUCUACGCACUCUCUUUCCUCCACUAUGCCCGGUAUAUUCCAGAAUCUAUCACGAGAUAAUCAUAUCCACGACGCUCGCCAGGAACGCCGCACUGUGGGCUCAAGUGAUCGACCCCAGUACUUGGAACAAUUGACACAAAGCCGGCAGCCCUUCCCCGGGACUCGACAAUACCGUUCAUUCUCCAACCGUGAUGCCGGUCUGCCCCGUCGCCCAGCACUCGACGAGGCUGACUUCUGCCCGGUAUGCCGUCGCCAAUUCCCUCCUCUCGGUCCAGAUCAUCCCAUUGAGGCCCGUCAAGCCCAUACUCGGGACUGCAUUGAAGGUUAUCUGCGACCAACUGCGGCAAGCCGAGACUCGCCUGAGCAGGGCCCUCCACUACCCCCUCCUCCGCCUGAAGCCCGCAUGCUCAAGUUUGUGGCUACUGAGAAGGAUUGUCUUGGUGGGGAUGGUCAACCAGCUGAGUGCACGAUCUGCAUGGAGGAUUAUGAGGUUGGGCAGACCCUGGCCCGCCUGGAGUGCCUUUGCAAGUUCCACCGCCACUGCAUUGUAGACUGGUUUGAUAGGAAGGAAGAAUGCCCUGUGCACAAAGUAUCCUAG